AUGCUAGAACAACGAUACCUGAUAUUUCUAGCUUUUCUAGCAUUAACCCAUGGAGAAGGCAAAAUUCCGGACCAAGUGCAUCUCGCCUUCACUGGCGAUAUGACACAAAUGUCGGUCAUGUGGAACACAUUUGAAGAAGUUUCACAAGAUGUUCAAUAUCAUAAAAAGGUUGAAGUCAGCUCAGUAAAUAUCGCGAAAGGGAAAUACGAGAAGUGGGUGUACGGCGGAAUCACAAGAUAUCGCCAUUUCGCCGUCAUGGAAAAUCUUGAAUAUGAUACCGAAUAUGAAUACAAAAUCGACAGCCGACAAUUUUCGUUUAAAACCAUGCCGAAGGACCCGAAAUCCUACAAAGUCUGUGUUUUCGGUGAUCUAGGCUACUGGCACGGAAAUUCAACAGAAAGCAUCAUCCGUCAAGGAUUGGCCGGCAAUUUUGACUUCAUUGUUCAUUUGGGUGACAUUGCUUAUGAUCUACACGCUCAAAAUGGUGUUAUCGGUGACAAAUACCUUAAUCAGUUCGAGCCUUUAAUCUCCAAGAUGCCUUAUAUGGUGAUUGCGGGAAAUCAUGAGGACGAUGGACAGAAUUUCACAAAUUACCAGAAGAGAUUUUACACGCCGGAUAAUGGAAUGCAAGAUAAUCAGUUCUACAGUUUCGACCUUGGUCCAGUUCACUGGCUCGGUGUGAGCACUGAAAACUACGGAUACUACUACGAUUAUGGUAUGGACCCUGUCAUGACACAAUACAACUGGCUCAAGAAUGAUUUGGCGAAAGCCAAUAGUAAAAGAUCACAGGUUCCAUGGAUCAUGACAUUCCAGCAUCGUCCAUUCUACUGCAGCAACUUGAACUCCGCAGAAUGUCAAUCGUUCGAGAAUCGUCUUGUGCGAAUCGGUUGGCUCAAUAUGCCUGGACUCGAGCCGCUCUUCCUUCAGAACUCCGUAGAUUUCGGAUUCUGGGGGCACGAGCAUUCCUAUGAGAGGAUGUUCCCAGUGGCCGAUCGGACAUAUUACAAUGAUUCGGAUGCUUAUAUAAAUCCGAAAGCGCCAGUUUACGUGAUUUCGGGAUCUGCCGGAUGCCACACACCCGAUGCCGAAUUCACAAAACAGCCAUGGCCGUGGAGUGCGGCGAGAAAUAAUGAUUACGGAUAUUCGAUUCUGACGAUCGCCAAUAGCACGCAUAUUCGGCUUCAGCAAAUUUCGAUCGAUAAAAAUGAGCAGAUUGUUGACGAUUUUUGGGUGAUCAAGGAGCAGGGUCACACACAUUCCAAUGAGCUGAGGCGGCAAUUUCCGGGCGUGAAAUUCCCAAUGCAAAAAUGCCAUUUCAAAGACAUCGCCUGCCAACGAUCAUUGCGACAAAUCAACCAAGAACUAUAG